AUGAAGCAGGAAGGGAAGCAUCAGCCUUCACUGGGAACUGAGACGAGGCGCAAAAAACGAACUCAGCUCGAGCUGGAGGAGCUGAAGCAGAAGCUGCAUGACGACGAGGGGAGACCGUUCAGCCGGCUGCAGAAGCACCUGCUGGACAAGCAGGAGGAGGACGAGAAGCUGUCGCUGCAGCAGGCUCUUCUUGACGCCACUGGGAUGUCGCUGUCGGAAGGGGCGAUGGAGGAGCUGGGGAGGCUGAGCGGAACUUAUCGAGACUAUUCGAAGAUCCUCAACAGCCUGUGGGAUGAAAGAAUGUUACAUAGACAGACUGAGGUGGAGGAGAAGCGCAAGGGCCCCUCCCACGCUCCCCGCUACCUCUUCUUCUACAACCGACCUGCGGGCUUCUACAACGACAACAUCGAGCCCUCCCCUCACUUCUACGGGGUGAAGAAGAGCAGCUCGAGUGUGCGGUACAACCUCUUCACCAACGAGAGGACGGACAUGCUGGCCAAGACCCUCCCUCGCUCCUUCGUCGACCGCCUCGAUGCCGAGAUGAAGAUUGUUCCUGCCAAUCACCCCGUGACCAAACGACCUCUCGACCCCUGGCUGUGCCAUCUCUCCAUAGGGCAGGGCAAGAAGUGCAUGAAUGUCGUCGAGCCGCUCGGGUCGCACCAUGGAGUUCACAGGCGCCGCGAGGGCGAGGGAGCUCUCCCCACCAUCUCCGUCUGCUUCUCGCGGUUUCACAAGGGAUACUGGCCGGGAGCAGAGAAGUUGAACAUGAUCGUGUAG